UUUCCACAAAUAGGCUUAAAAGAUUACAGUGGAGUAAACACAGCUCCUCUCUUGCCAAAAUCCUCCAUCAAGCCAGCCGUCUGGCCCUCUUCUCCCUCCACACCCAUUGUUUCUGAGAACGACGCAGAGAAACUCAGUGACGGCUGGAGAGCAUCCUACACGCUAGCUGCUGUUUUAAGUGCUCUGGUGUUUGCUGUCGUCUCAUUGACUCUGCUUGUCUAUCGUCUAAAGACCAUGAAGAAAAAAAACACAGAAAUAAGUGGAACUUGUGGUUCUGCUAACACCACAAUGGAGCAGAACAGCAUCCUCUACUCUAUGGUGGACUUCAAGCCCCACCAGGAUCCAUCUGAACUUUAUGCCAAUUUACAGAUACGCAGUCCAGGAGACACUGAUCCUUCUUCAAGCUGUACAUUCACAACAGAGGGAAGUGUAAUAUACUCCACUAUUUUAGAGCACCAGCAUAAACAUUUGUGAUGUUUGUUUUCUAUAAUAUUUUCAUUGUUUAGAAUAUUUUCGUUUGUUGUUUUUGGCUGAUCAAUGGAUAUUUUUUUAUCAUUAUGAGAACUAUUAAUGCAACACUGUUUGAUGUGAUAAUAUCAAAUAUAAAUUAUGAUA